GACAUCGCUCAGAGCUGCUUUGGGAAGCCAGGAGCUGCCGAAAAUGUCGAGCAGGUACCACAAAGCAGCGGCCGAUGGCAACGUGGACCUGCUGAAGGAGGCCACCAGGAAGGACCUCAACACCUCAGAUGAAGAUGGGAUGACUCCCACCCUCCUGGCAGCCUACCACGGGUACCUGGAAGCUCUGGAAGUCAUUUGCCGGAGGGGGGGUGACCCGGACAAGUGUGACAUCUGGGGGAACACGCCCCUGCACCACGCUGCCUGCAAUGGCCACAUCCACUGCGUCUCCUUUCUGGUCAGCUUUGGUGCCAACAUCUUUGCUCUGGACAACGACCUGCGCACUCCCCUGGAGGCAGCUGCCAGCAGGGACCGCAAGGAGUGUGUCCAGAUCCUGGACAAGGCUGCCACCGAGCAGAACCUGCUGAAUCCAAAGAAGGUCUCCAAACAAAAGGCACAGGCCCAGAGGAACGUCGAGAGACAAAUCAAAGAAUGUGAGAAGCGCCAGGAGAAACACCAGCAUGAAAUGAACCGGAAUUAUAUUAAAGAAAAGGUUGGCACAGUGAAUUCUUCCAAAGGAACGCACUCCAGGGUAAAGCUGCCUGGGCUAUUUGCUUCAAAUACCACAAGUACUUUAACCAAAAACCUGAAAGAUACCUUGAAACUCAAGACAAAAAAGACAGCCGACAGCACAAGAAAGCAGGAAACACAAAGAAGUGACCAAGAGGAUGAUACGGCUAGGAAAAGUGUGAUGCAUUUGUUUGAUGAGAAAGAGGAAGAUGAAUUACUGAAUGACCUUGGAGAGAAAAACCUUGCUGGUAAUGACAGUCAGCUCUCCAUUUUUCAGCGGCCAGGUCUUGGCAAGAUUGUGUUUGGAAGGAAUUUGGCUGCAGAGGUAAAUCCUGAAACUGUGUCUUCUGAGAAAGAAGGUAUAAGAGAUACAAUAGCCAGUGAGCUCUUUCAGUAUGAAAAUACUGAGAAUGGCAGGGAAGAUGAUGCUGAAAGCAGUGCUGAUGUCCCUUGGAAUGAGGAAGAAGUGGUUUGGGAUGAUGAGGAAACAGAGAAUACGCCCCUUGAGGUAUUUCUGGCAUCACAGAUGCUGGAUGAGUUUCUUCCAGUCUUCAUGAGGGAAAAAAUUGACUUAGAAGCCCUGAUGCUAUGUUCUGAUGAAGAUCUACAGAGCAUUCAGAUGGAGCUUGGGCCAAGAAAGAAAGUCCUGAAUGCUGUGAAUAAAAGAAAACAGGCACUCAAGAAUCCUGGAAAAACUGUAGAUACUUGCUUAUAAAUUAUCAUUCCUAUUGUUGUAACCUACACACUGUUUCAUUACCUUUCCCUCUUUCCAAAGAGUGUUCAACUCUUUUCAGAAGUAUGCUAAAGCAAAAGGCAGAAAUGUUACCAAUUGCUUCGGAAAAUACAGCAGGGAUAACAAUUUUUCUCUCUGGGUGGGUAGUUGUGGUGAACAGGAUAUUAAGUAAAGUAUAUUCUGCCAAAAAACAAGAAUGUGAAGAUGAAAACCAAAAAGCUUUUUCUCCCAGAACUGUUUAUGUGGAUUGGAUUUCUUUUGGUCCAGAUAAUUUCAAAUAUCAGUGAAGGCCAGGCCUGCUGCAUUCCUUAUUAAAGCCUUCCCUUUCUUCUCCAAACCACAAAGCAAAGAGCAUUUUCAGAGCUUGUGAGCUUUGAGUUUUCUCCAUUUGCUUCUGUAAGAUCAGUAAAACCACUCUUCCUAGUACUGGCGGUAUGUUAGGAAAGGAAUCUGAAUCCUGAUUUUAGCUGUGGUUUAUUGACUCUAAUCACCUCUGAAUUAAUGUAAAUAAGACUAAUUUACUGCAAGUUUCAUAUAUUUGUCAGUAAAGUUUUUACUUCUGUAUUGACAAUAAUUUAAAAAUA